GGCGGCGUCGGGCGGCGGACGGAUCCGAGCCAUGGCGGCGGCGGUGCUGCGACGCGGCUGCGGGGUUCUUCGAGGGAUUUCCCAUUAUGAAUGGAGAUCACAGCACACAAAAGCUGCCCAGAAGCAAGAAGCAGGUGUAGGAUUUAAUUUUGAGCUCACGGAACAACAGAAAGAGUUUCAAGCUACUGCUCGCAAGUUUGCCCGAGAGGAGAUUCUCCCAGUUGCAGCAGAAUAUGAUAAAUCUGGCGAGUAUCCUGUCCCCCUCAUAAAGAGGGCUUGGGAAUUGGGCCUGAUAAAUUCACACAUUCCAGAAAGCUGUGGAGGCCUUGGUCUCGGAACCUUUGACGCUUGCCUCAUCACGGAAGAAUUGGCUUAUGGCUGCACAGGGGUUCAAACUGCCAUCGAAGCGAAUUCCUUGGGCCAAAUGCCCGUUAUCAUCGCGGGAAAUGAGCAACAACAAAAGAAAUAUCUGGGGAGGAUGACGGAACAACCAAUGAUGUGUGCUUACUGUGUAACGGAACCCGGGGCGGGCUCUGAUGUUGCUGGCUUAAAGACCAAAGCAGAGAAGAAAGGCGAUGAAUAUGUGAUUAACGGACAAAAGAUGUGGAUAACCAAUGGUGGGAAAGCUAACUGGUAUUUUUUGUUGGCCCGCUCUAAUCCUGAUCCCAAGGCUCCUGCUAGCAAAGCCUUUACUGGGUUUAUUGUAGAAGCGGACACACCAGGAAUUCAGAUCGGAAGAAAGGAAUUAAAUAUGGGCCAGCGUUGCUCAGAUACACGAGGAAUUGUUUUUGAAGAUGUGAGAGUGCCCAAAGAGAAUGUUCUCAUUGGAGAGGGGGCUGGCUUCAAGAUUGCGAUGGGAGCUUUUGAUAAAACCAGGCCUCCAGUAGCCGCUGGUGCCGUGGGGUUGGCCCAAAGAGCCCUGGAUGAAGCGACAAAGUACGCUUUGGAGAGGAAGACCUUUGGACGAUUGCUCGUUGAGCACCAAGCCGUGUCCUUUUUGCUGGCUGAAAUGGCCAUGAAAGUUGAAUUAGCUAGAUUGAGUUACCAGAGAGCUGCCUGGGAGGUUGAUUCUGGCCGUCGCAAUACCUAUUACGCCUCCAUUGCUAAGGCAUUCGCCGGUGACAUAGCCAACCAGUUGGCUAGUGAUGCCGUUCAAAUUUUCGGAGGCAACGGAUUCAAUAGUGACUAUCCUGUGGAAAAGCUGAUGCGUGAUGCCAAGAUCUACCAGAUAUAUGAAGGCACUGCUCAAAUUCAGAGGCUUAUUAUAGCCCGGGAACACAUCAGCAAGUAUAAAAUUUAAGCGUAUUUCUACCUGAGAAGAAACAAAUUAGCUGUUACACAAAAGGAAAAUCACUUUAACAUUUUUCGAAGAAAUUUUUAAAAAUACAUUCACUAAGGCUAUAGUAAGAUUAUACAAUUAUUUUUAGUCUUUUGCUUUCCUUUAGGACUUGUAAAAUUCACAUUUUCAAAAUUAGAUUUUAUUUCCAUAAAAAAAACUGUUCUCCCUUUUAAAUUUGUGUGUUUAAAAUGAGAGUAUCAAACACUUCUUGGAAUUCUAUUAGCUUUUCCCAGCGAGGACUGUAAUUGAUCUAAUAAACAUGGAAACAUUUGCCUUU